UCUAGACGCCAUGACUCUCCAGAUGUCUCUCCUCCCAAGAGAAGACGCCAUGACUCUCCAGAUGUCUCUCCUCCCAAGAGAAGACCUCACGACUCUCCAGAUGUCUCUCCUCCCAAGAGAAGACGCCAUGACUCUUCUGAUGUCUCUCCUCCCAAGAGAAGACCUCACGACUCUCCAGAUGUCUCUCCUCCCAGGACUAGACCUCACGACUCUCCAGAUGUCUCUCCUCCCAAGAGAAGACCUCACGACUCUCCAGAUGUCUCUCCUCCCAAGAGAAGACCUCACGACUCUCCAGAUGUCUCUCCUCCCAAGAGAAGACCUCACGACUCUCCAGAUGUCUCUCCUCCCAAGAGAAGACCUCACGACUCUCCAGAUGUCUCUCCUCCCAAGAGAAGACCUCACGACUCUCCAGAUGUCAGAAGACGCCAUGACUCUCCAGAUGUCUCUCCUCCCAAGAGAAGACCUCACGACUCUCCAGAUGUCUCUCCUCCCAAGAGAAGACCUCACGACUCUCCAGAUGUCUCUCCUCCCAAGAGAAGACGCCAUGACUCCCCAGACUUGUCACCACCAAGACAGUGUUCAGGAAAGUCAGAAAAAAUGCAAAGUAAAGAUUCAGCCUCCAACAAAAGCAAGCUCAGCUCAUCCUUGUUAAGUAAAAAACGCUCACCGGAUCCUCAUCGGUCAGCGGUGGCUAAGAAGGGUCAGAAUAGACAUGAUUCAGACUCGGAUCCGUCUCCCUCGAGAAAAAGGCCCCUGAAGGGAAACGCCUCAGACUCCGACCAAUCUCCCCCAAGGAGGCCCUCAAAAACUAAACGGGGCUCAGACUCUGACCAGUCUCCACCCAGAGUGCGGCCACUGAGUGGAAGGGACUCGGAUGGACAUUUGUCACCACCUCGUAGGCCAGGCCAGUCACAGGGCCAAAGGAUGCUAUCUGGUGGAAAGGCAGGCCUGGUUUCUGUGGACAUUUUAAGGAAAGAGAAAGAGGAGAACAGACGCAGAGAAAAACACAAUCAGCCACUUGAAGUCCUAGAAUUACAUAGGUUGGCAGCGAUCCGGAUGUAUCAGCAGAAACUUGCGGACGUGCUGCGCGAAGCCCUUAAGCCACUGGCACGUUACGAUGAGGAUCUUGACCGCAUGUUGAGAGAACAGGAAAGAGAAGGCGAUCGUAUGGCUGCAAUGCUCAGGCGUAAAAAGGACCGUGGCACAAAAACACAAGAGAAACCUCGAUAUAAAGGCCCUGCUCCACCUCCAAACCGGUUCAAUAUUCCACCGGGGUACCGCUGGGAUGGAGUUGACAGGUCAAAUGGUUUUGAACAGAAACGCUACCAGAGGAUGGCAGAUAAAAAGGCUGUGCAGGAAGCGGCCUAUAAAUGGAGUGUGGAGGAUAUGUAAAGGCUUUCAGAAAAUGAUGAAUCUGGAGCAGAGCUAAAGAGCACACCUGCUCAACCUUUAUGUAUAAUUGUUAUGCUGUUAGAAGGAUAUCACCAGGUAAACUCGCCACAUUUUUAAACAUUUUGUUGUUCAACAGCAUCAAGACUGACGGAGUGUGUUUGAGAUAACCUCACAAAUGUCACAGAUGACACAUUUGGCGUUUUUUUGCUGGUCUGUAGGUAGCAGCUCCUGAAACGGAAGUCUGCCACACAUCUGUUCGACUAACGCCAGUUGAUCUAGACCUCACGACUCUCCAGAUGUCUCUCCUCACA